GCCUCAGUGUUGGCCAUGCUGCAACUGACAACUGGAGGGAACACUAGGGAGCAGAUCCAUGCUGCAAUGGAAUACAACAUUGAAGAGAAAGGCUUGUCCCCUGCACUCCGAAAGCUCUAUAAGGAGCUCAUGGCACCUUGUAACAAAGAUGAAUUCAGUACAGCCAAUGCCAUCUUCAUCCAACGUGAUAUGGAGCUUGUCCAGGGCUUCAUGCCCUACUUCUUCAAAGUAUUCCGGAGCAUGGUUAAGCAGGUGGACUUCACUGAAGGGGAGAGGGCCCGGUUUAUCAUGAAUGAUUGGGUACAGAGGCACACAAAAGGUAUGAUCAGCAACUUGCUGGGAGAGGGGACUGUGGACCAGUUGACCAAAAUGGUGUUGGUCAAUGCACUCUACUUCAAAGGCCAAUGGAAGUUGCCUUUUCCAACAAAGGGCACCCACCAUCGCCUCUUCCACAAAUCUGAUGGAAGCACUGUCUCUGUGCCCAUGAUGGCCCAGACCAACAAGUUCAACUGUGCUGAGUUCUUGACCCCCAGUGGGCACUACUAUGACAUUGUGGAACUGCCCUAUCAUGGUGACACUCUCAGCAUGUUCAUUGCUGCCCCUUAUGAAAAGGAAAUGACCCUCUCUGCCCUCACCAACAUUUUAGAUGCCCAGCUCAUCAAUCAGUGGAAGGGCAAUAUGACUACAGCACCCCGUCUCCUAGUUCUGCCCAAGUUUUCCCUAGAGAGUGAAGCUGACCUGAAAAGGCCUCUGGAGAACUUGGGGAUGAAGGACAUGUUCAAGCCAGGGCAGGCAGAUUUCUCCAGACUUUCUGACAAAGAAAUGCUCUAUGUAUCCCAGGCCUUACAAAAGGUGAAGAUUGAGGUGAAUGAGAGUGGUACUGUGGCAUCCUCAACCACUGGUAAGUUGGCUCAGAAUCAAGGCAAAGGGGGCACCAUUGUUGUCUCUGCUCGAAUGGCUCCCCAGGAGAUCAUUGUGGAUCGGCCCUUCCUCUUUGUAGUCAGACACAACCCCACAGAAACAAUUCUCUUCAUGGGACAAGUGAUGGAACCCUAAGAGAUCAGGCCUUACCCCUGGGAUAGGGGAACACUCAUUUGGAACUGAACUAAAGAGUGAUAUACACAAAAAGAUCCUCUGAAGAAAUAAAUGACUUUUCUCAUUUCUUUCUAGAAAAAGA